GGUACACUUCUCUGUUUCUCGACUUCGCUAGACCGCUACUCGCCUUCUCAUUUCUUUCAGUCUCAAACGCGCGUGGGGGAGAAUGAAGACGAUGCGGCUGAUGGCAGCGACGCUGUCGUUGCUGCUGUGUUUCGGAGUUCUCGGAGUCGUAUCGGACGUUUCCAAUCAUCGCUACAAGCCAAAUGAUGAGGUCCCUCUCUACGCCAACAAGGUCGGACCGUUUCAUAACCCAAGUGAGACAUACCGUUACUUUGAUCUCCCCUACUGUUCACCAGCACCUGUGAAAGAUAAAUCAGAAGCUCUUGGCGAAAUUCUGAAUGGUGAUCGCUUAGUUGAUGCUCCAUACAAGCUUGAGUUCUGUGUUGAUCAUGAUUCAAAAUCCGCGUGCAAAAAGAAGCUUACUAAGGAAGAAGUGGUCAAAUUCAGGAAUGCAAUAUAUCAGGAUUAUUACUUCCAGAUGUACUAUGAUGACCUUCCAGUUUGGGGUUUCAUAGGGAAGAUUGACAAGGAAGGCAAGACUGACCCAAGUGAGUACAGAUACUUCCUUUACAAUCAUAUACUUUUUGAAAUCCUCCACAAUAAUGACCAUGUGAUUGAGAUCUCUGUUCAUACGGAUACCAAUUUAAUGGUUGACAUUACUGAGGAUAAAGACAUAGAGGUGGAGUUUAUGUAUUCCGUUAAAUGGAAAGAAACAGAGAUACCUUUUGAGAAGAGGAUGGAGAAAUACUCUGCACGCCACUUGGAGACUCACUGGUUCUCUAUAAUAAACUCAUGUGCCACAGUUCUUCUACUGACUGGAUUCCUUGCAACAAUCCUAAUGAGAGUUUUGAAGAAUGAUUUUGUUAAGUAUGCUCAUAACGAGGAGACAGGUGAUGACCAAGAAGAAACUGGGUGGAAAUAUGUUCAUGGUGAUGUCUUCCGGUUCCCCAAGAACAAAUCUUUGCUAGCUGCUAGUCUUGGCUCGGGCACUCAGUUAUUUGCUCUUGCAAUCUUCGUUUUUGUCCUAGCACUGGUGGGGGUAUUCUACCCUUACAAUAGAGGAGCUCUUUUUACUGCCCUGGUUGUUAUUUAUGCACUAACUUCAGGCAUUGCUGGUUAUACUGCAACAUCCUUUUAUUGGCAGCUGGAAGGAACGAACUGGAUUAGGAAUCUGCUUUUGACGGGAUUUCUGUUUUGUGGACCUCUAUUCCUGACGUUCUGCUUUCUAAAUACUGUAGCUAUUGCAUAUAAUGCUACGGCUGCACUGCCAUUUGGUACCAUUGUUGUUAUUGCUCUAAUAUGGGCACUGAUAACAUCUCCUCUGCUUGUUUUGGGCGGGAUUGCUGGCAAAAAUGGCAAAGCAGAGUUCCAAGCCCCUUGUCGCACUACCAAAUAUCCUAGAGAAAUUCCACCUCUUCCUUGGUACCGAAGAACUAUACCACAGAUGGCAAUGGCUGGUUUUCUUCCUUUCAGCGCUAUCUACAUUGAGUUGUACUACAUAUUAGCCAGCAUGUGGGGCCACAGGAUUUACACGAUUUAUAGUAUUCUCUUUGUGGUUUUCAUAAUCCUUCUUAUUGUCACUGCAUUUAUUUCUGUGGCAAUGACCUACUUUCAACUUGCUGCUGAAGACCAUGAAUGGUGGUGGAGGGCAUUCCUCUGCGGAGGAUCAACUGGUUUCUUCAUCUACGCAUAUUGCUUUUGCUAUUACCAUACUCGGUUAAACAUGUCAGGAUUUAUGCAAAUAUCCUUCUUCUUUGGCUACAUGGCCUGCAUCUGCUAUGGUUUCUUCCUCAUGCUCGGCACAGUAGGUUUCUGUGCUUCACUGCUUUUUGUUCGCCACAUUUACCGGUCCAUCAAGUGUGAGUAGUCCUUGGCAACACUGAUUGAGGUUUCAUUUGGGACGGCUUUUUUACUGCUUCUUAAAGCAACUUUUUAGUAUAUUUUUUUUUUUGUUGUACUAGAAAAUUGUUUUAAGAAGCAGUAAAAAAGUUAUUCCAAAUGAAACCCGAAACAAAUACAGUUAAUUUGAUUGGAGAGGCAAAAAAUAAAAGGAUGAUGAAUUUAGUAUUCUCAUGAGCAUUAUGGGCCACCAUGUAAUUGAGGUUUUAUGCUCUUUAGCUGGAGGUAGGUAAAACUUGGUAAUGAA